AUGACGGUUCUGGUUUCCGGCGCUACCGGUUUUAUUGCUCAACAUAUUAUUAACGAGCUCUUGGUGCAAGGCUAUAAAGUUGUAGGCACCGUUAGAUCCCAAGAGAAGGCUGACAAGCUGUGGAAGCAGUUCGGGAACAACCCCAAUUUGACCUUAGAGCUUGUAGCCGACGUCGCUGCUCCAAAUGCCUUCGACAGCGUCUUCGAGAAAUAUGGAACAGAUAUUAAGGUUGUCUUGCAUGCGGCAUCUCCUGUCGUAUUUAUCACAGAGGAUUACGAGAAGGGUGUGCUAACUCCGGCUGUUAACGGCACCAAGAGCAUCUUCGAGGCGAUUAAGAAGUAUGGUGCUGAGUCUGUUGAGCGCGUGGUUGUUACAUCGUCGCACGGUGCCGUGAUGGACCUUGCAAAGGAGGACGAUGGAUCAGUUGUAUACACCGAAGAGUCAUGGAACCCUGCAACCUGGGAAAGCUGUCAGGUGGACGGUAUAAACGCCUACUGUGGUUCGAAGAAGCUGGCAGAAGCCGCAGCUUGGGACUUUUUGCGCGAGAACAGACAGGUUGUGAAGAUCCAGUUAAGCACUGUCAACCCAGUCUAUGUUUUCGGUCCUCAACUCUUUGAUGAAGAUGUUAAGGACACUUUGAACCUUUCUUGUGAGAUUAUCAAUGCCUUGGUUCGCAACAAGCCGGAGGCUAAGCAGAUGGAGGGCUUGCACGGCAAUUAUAUUCAUGUCAGAGAUGUCGCAAAGGCCCAUCUCAUAGCUUUUCAAAAGAAGGAAGCUAUCGGGCAGAGAUUGUAUCUCUCUAAUGGUUCAUUUGUCUAUCAGGAUUUGCUGGAUAUUCUUAAUGAAGAUUUCCCGCAAUUGAAGGGUAAGAUUCCCGUUGGAAAUCCGGGAUCGGGUCAAGAUCUCUAUAAGACCUUUCCAUCUAUCAACAACACUAAGACUAAACACAUACUCGGUUUUUCUCUCAAAUCGUUGAGAGAGUGUGUACACGAUACAGCAGCCCAAAUUUUGAAGAAGGACGGAACUUUAUAG